CCAUAUCAAAUAUCAUUUCCAUUAUCUAAUAUCAAGUCUUUAAUUUUCUUCAAAAUUUAGCUGCCCCAAUUUCUUACCCUAUGGAAUCAUAUAAAAUUCAACAAUUUCUAGAAGGCAAAACUAUUUUCAUUACGGGUGCCACUGGUUUCCUUGCAAAAAUUCUGGUGGAGAAGAUUCUUCGGGUUCAACCAAACGUGAAAAAGUUAUACCUUCUACUAAGAGCUUCGGACACCAAAUCAGCCAAGAAACGUUUUCAUGAAGAGGUUAUGCAGAUUGAAUUGUUUAAGGUUCUAAGAGAAAAGAUAGGUGCAAAAAACCUAAACUCUCUCGUAGAAGAGAAGGUAUUUCCAGUUGCUGGUGAUAUUUCAUACGAGGAUUUUGGAAUUGAAAAUUCGGAGAUAAAAGAUGAAAUGUUCAAAGAAAUCGACAUAAUCAUAAACUCAGCUGCAACUACUAGAUUUGAUGAGAGAUAUGAUAUUGCCAUGAAUAUCAAUGUCCUUGGUGCCGUCAACGUCCUCAUGUUUGCUAAAAGAUGUGAAAAAGUGAAGAUUAUUGUUCACGUAUCCACUGCUUACGUUUGUGGGGAAGGGGAAGGAGUUAUACCAGAGAAAUCAUUCAUUUUGGGUGAGACACUCAACAAAAACUCCUACUUAGACAUUGAUAUGGAGAGGAAGGUGAUAGAAGACAAACUUAAGGAACUUGAAGCUCAAAAUUUUACAUCAAAGGAAGUGACGAUAGCAAUGAAAGAUCUAGGCAUUCAAAGAACAGUGGAUUCAUUUAUCUUGGGAUAUGGUAAAGGCAUACUGAAUUUCUGCUUUGGUGACCCAAACACAAAAAUUGACGCGAUUCCAGGUGAUAUGGUGGUUAACUCCAUACUUGCUGCAAUUAUAGCACAUGGAAAUCAAUAUUAUUCUUCUCAAGAAUCAAUAUAUCACAUUAGCUCUUCCAAAAAAAAUCCCCUAAAAUCUUGUGAUAUUCAAUUGUUUCUGUUUCAUUACUUCACCAAAAAUCCAUGGAUCAACAAAGAUGGGAACAUCAUCAAAGUGGGAAUGCCUCCGCUAUUUAGCAGCAUGGAUAGCUUUCAAAAAUACAUUUCAACCUAUUAUUGGCCAUUGUUAAAGGUUUUUUUCUCAUCAAUAUAACAUUCUAUUUUCAUCUUUGAUACAAAUUUUAGUGGUGAAGUUAC